GUGGGAAGUGAACAAAAACUAUAAUUAAAUUAUAAUACAAUACAUGAGAAGUGUUUAUGCUUUGACCUAUAGUUUACAAAAACCUUCCUUGUGAAUAACAUGAUCCUAAGCUGCCAAAAGAAUUUCGUUUUACCAAGAUAGCUAAUCAAGAGAAAUGUUACGAAAUGGCGGAGUUCCUGCCUCUCUGCGACGUGCUGUUCAACGUGAUCUCGCUAGCUGGUUACUUCUGCGACGUCGUGUUCGACGUUGUGAUGAGCUACGCGCUGCUCGAACGCGGCUAUAAGGCCACGUUCGCGGCCGCCAUAUCUAUUGUCGUCACGUCGCUUCUUAUAACGCAGGUCCUAUCACUACGCUGGUACCUGUCCGUGUGGGGCGCGGACGGGCGCACGCAACGCCCGUGGGUGGUGGCGGCGCUGCACUGCCUGCAGCUGGGCGUGCUGUGGCGGUACGCGCGUCUUCUUGCCCCCGUCGAUACUAGUACACCGCGCGUUAAACACCAAGUGCGGGAUCUGUGCAUGCUUCGCUUGGUGCACGCGUUCUGCGAGGCGGCCCCGAUGCUGCUGCUGCAGUUGCACGUGCUGCUGCGAGAGGAGCCCGAGCCUGAGCCGCUGGACUCUCCUGGGAUUUCACCUGCCGGCAAUGCAGCAUUCGCGGAGCUGAACGUGAUAUCGGCGUCUCUCUCUCUCUUCUCCGUGUGCUGGGCGCUGGCUAGCUUUAGCAAAAACGUACGCCUGCGAAACGUGCACCGACUGGUGUUAACCUGGCUCGGUGUUAUUGUUCAGUUUCUUUGGCGGUUGGGGACGAUCUCAGCGCGUAUAUGCGCGCUCACCGCGUACGCUCUAGUCUACGAAUACUGGGUCUUCUUAGUUAUAGGUCUCCACUGGGUCUCAAUGUUCCUGUGGCUCAUCUCGCCCAAGAACGUGUUCGACGGCGAGCGCGUCGGUCGCGGGCGGAAAGCGUUAUUAGCGGCACUAAUAGCUGCCGUUUACGUGCUAGCUUAUGUAAAUCUGCAAGAGCACAGGCAUAAGCAGAAGAUGGUGGCGUUCUACAUCGUCAUGUUCGUAGAGAACGCUCUGCUGCUGGUGGCGUGGUGGUGGGCGGCGCCGCGGGCUAAUAUGUCCGUGGUGGGGUUUUCCGCCGCCGCUUAUGUCUCCGGCCUGGCCUGCAUGUUGCUCUACUACAGAUAUUUCCACGUGCGAAGAUUGGGUUACAUGUUAGGAGAAAAUCAACAGGGCACGAAUAGCACAAAUGCAUCGUCACAAAACAAAAACGGGAAACAGGCCAACAAUGCUGAUAAUCCUGUUAUUCCAGGCGUGUUCAACUGUCGCUUUACAAAUCCAGUCAAUAGCAGCGCGGCACUACGCAAGAAGAAGAAGCCGACAUCGUUUGUCCCUCCGCCCGCGGGCCCCGCCGCCCCCGCCCCCGCCCCCGCCCCCUCCCCCGCGCCCGCCGUCGCCCUCGCGCCCGCCCCCGCGCCCGCCCCCGCCCCCGCCCCCGCGGCCCCUAACGCUGCGUUUUGGAGACGUCCGCUGCCGCAUAACCACCAUGGAGGCUCUUCAGAAAACGAAGGCUCGAGCGUCGGUUCCCGCGUCAACAUCCAACAAAAACUACAGGAAAAGAAGCAAAAACAGCUCGCCGAGCUCCGAGUCAUAGAAGAAGAGAUCAAACAGGGCAAACUCGCCAAAACCACCCCCGUGGCCGCCGAGGAAAUAUACAGCAGCCUACAGAGACAACCCAUACCUAGGGCCAAAACACACGCCGAACCAGCCUGGCCUAGUAUAGAAAUGACACAUUCGUACCAAAACUAUCCCGUCCCUCACACACACGCAUGCAACAUAUACCCAACCUACACAGAAAUCAAAAACUACAACCAACCCUUCCAAAACAACAACACAGAUCUGAACGAUCUCAAAAUCCAUAGACGUUACGAUAUCUAUGAAAACCCUAACAUUUCUAGACCUAUCCAUUCACCCAACUAUCUAGCUUUGUCAGAGAAUAGAAGCUACGAAACUAACCGGGCUAGCCCUAGAACUAUAAAUAAUAGCCCUAGGAAUUACAUCACGGAAAACAAUUACGAAGUCUCUUUAGAUAAAUCUAGGAUACCUAAUAACAUAUACAGCGACGCGCCCGAGUAUUCCGGGUUUGAAAAUCAGCCUUAUAAUAAGGAUGAAUACGUGUCAAAUUUGCUUAAUCAAAGUAUAGACGCGAGAUACGAGUGCUAUGGACAGAACUGUGACCGGUUUCCGUAUAUGAAGAAGGAGGAAGGGAGACGGAAGAUGCAGCGGUGUCGGACGCCGGAGAUCCUGCUCGCACCGCACUAUCUGGAGGGGUGUUGCCAUUGGGGCGCGCCUUAUUCGAACAGAAAGAAGGAAGAGGGCCCGGUGGCGGCCAGCAGCGGCGACGAGUCCGCCGCGCGGGACACUCCGCGAGCGCCCUCUGACAUCGACAGCCAGAUCUCUCUGCCGCGUUCAUACACGCUACCUCGAGAGUUCCGCUACUGGCGCCGGCGGCCGCGGCUCCGCGACCACGUGCCCAGCAACAACAGUAGCGACGGUGACGUAGACAGCGGCGACAACGACAGCGACCGACGCUCAAACUGCUCAGCGCGACAACCGUACUGCGCGCCGCUAGCGCUCGACGACCAUCGCCGGCGGCGGAAACCCAUGCCCAAGCCGGAGACCAAGCUGUAGCGAGUCUUACAGCGACCGCUCCAAAUACUCACAGUGCUACUGAGCGACUGUAGCGCUUGACGAUAACAGGUUACGGAGACGAUAGCGAGUCGUACAGCCGCUACAAGUACUCGGGUACCGCUACUACGUGACAAUAGCGGUCGAUGACCAUUAGCUGCGGCGGUAACUCAUGUCCAAGCCGAAGACUCCGGCUGCUCGGGCAGCGCUACUGUGUGAUACCAGGGCUCAACGAUAGGGCGAUACGGAAACCCAUGCCUGAGCCGGAGACAAAGCUACAGCGACCGCUCCAAUUAUUCAGGCACCACUACAGCGUGUCGCUAGCGCUCGACGACAGUCGCCGGCGACGGAAACACAUGACCAGAGACCAAGUUGUAGCGAGUCAUACAGUCGGUCCAACUACUCGGGUAGCGCUACUACGUGCUUCUAGCGCUCGACGAGCAUACCUUACCGUCAGAAAACCAUUGUUCCAGCUUUUCUGCGCAACCCUGACAAUAAUAAUGCACUGUUAUUGCUGGAACCUUUCUCAGUAACUGCAGUUGAAUCUACUAAUUUAGUAAUCUGAUCACCGAGAUUAUAAUAUAGCAAAAAAGACAAACUGCCAGGUUAAUUUACUUGUGUGUCAAUUCGAUUUCCAAAAUUUAGGAAUGUAUUGCAUUGCGUUUGGAUUACUGUCUGAGAGGAAAUU